CUUAUGAUAUUAAAGACAGGGAUAUGAAGUGUUUUUUUUAUUAUGUAAGCCUGUCAAGGUGUAUAGACAAAUAAGAAUAAUGUGUUUAUUUACAAAUAUAGUUGGGAAAAAGAUCAAUAUGUUCGUUUUUAUUGCUUUUUGCCGAUCAGCGAAUACACAACAUUGAACAGUCCACACUUAAAGGCGGAUCUGCGCAGCACGCUGAUGAUGUCAUGAGCCUCACAACAGCAACAAGAAACAAACCGCUGAAACACACAGUGUAACAUCGGCCUAUUUAAUAUAUGCUUAAAUGCUUGAUGCAAAGAGCGGACAGGUGUAAAUGGGUCAGUGACAGAAGUAACAGAGGUAUGGUAUUCCUGUCGGUCAUAAUGCCUCCAAGGAAGAGACCCCUCAUCCCUGCUAGUGCAAGACGGCGGCCAAAAGAUGACGACGAUUACUUCCCCUUCAACUUGCUGCCAGUAGAGUGUCAGCUCCAUGUGCUUUCCUUUCUGAAUGAGGUGGACAAGUGCAACUCUGCGCUCGUGUGCUCGAGCUGGAGCUGCCUGGUGCGCUCUGGGAAACUGUGGAGAGUUGCAGACUAUUCGCGUCGUGGCGUAUUUCGUCUUGGACAGGAAGGACUACUAGUGUCCAACAGAGAAUUUGAGCGCUGGAAGGCAUGGGUUCACCACUAUACUCACCAUCUCAUCUCCCGUGGGGCCAGUUUGCUGACUCUGAAAGCGAGCUUUGAUUUGGGGGACCAGUGCAAUAAAUGGGGAGAACUCCUUUCUCAUCUGUUAGAGAAUGUCCACUGUAGGGACCUCAGUCAUUUAGACUUGAACUGGACCUUCACUCUGCUUGAGCCGUUGGACCUCCGAGUCCAUUCGGGCUCUAGCUCACACCAGGAUGUCAUCACUAAAAUGGACCAGGUCAAUAAUUUCCAAAUCCUUCUAGCCAAAUUUGCCCAGAGCUGCCCGCGAAUCACCAAGAUGCGGCUGCACUUUGAUUGGUCUGACAAGUCCAUUGCUUUAAUAGCCCAGUUUCAGCACUUGCGCAUUUUGGAACUUAAGUACUUCUGGGUUUUUAAAGGGGUGAGCCCAGGUAUUUUGCAGACACUGACUAAAUCGCUGCCUAACCUCAAGUCCCUUACUCUCAAUGUUCUAGUACCACUAAGGAAUUUGGGCAUUUCAUACACUCUGGAAUCACUGUCACUGGAGUUUCUUGAUGUUUCUCUUAGCCGAGGUCUGGUCUUCUCUUGCCUUAAACUGCCUGCACUGAGAGAGUUACGGGCUAAAAAGAUUGUACGGGGGAUUACUUUGGACCGCCGGACCCGUCUCCGAAUCCAAAGCAGGUGGCCAUGCCUAUAUCAGGUCUUGCGAGAAGGGACGCCCAAGCUACAGAUGCUCAACAAUGAACGACUCCUUCCAAACUGGAAAGAUCAGCCUUACGACGAGCUCACUUCCAUUCUCCAGCAGUCUUGUUACUGCCUGCAGCAUCUGGAUAAUUGGAUCUGGUAAACAAACUGUCAGAAAUUAAGAUACAGAAGUUGAAGCGAAGAUGACUGGAAUCAUUUGUGAAACUGAUUUUAUUACCAUUUAUUAAAUGUAUAUACUGAUUUACAGUACAAUAACCACCAUAAAAAUGAGAGAGAUAAUAUAAAGCACAGAUGUCAGUGCAUUAGUUUUCCAAAUACUUUGGGUCAAUAACAAUAUGAUUUGAGGACUAAUUACAUUUUUAUUCUUAAUCUGGUGAUUUAGAUUGCUCUGCUCAAAUAAAAAAAAGAGACAAAAUCAUAUAACAUGUUGGAUAGAAGGCAAUGAGUGGUCUAAAUCCUGGUUUGCUCGAUACAGAGGCCUGGGAAAAUAUUGUCUUUUUUUAAUUUCGAUAUUUUUCUGCAUACAAACAGAAAAGCAGUGUAGCAUUGGUUUAGAAAGGUUGUAGUAAACAGGCCUAAAUAUUUUCAAGAUUUGCAAACAAUAGUUUUACAGAUUUCUUUUUUUUUAAACUUCAAUUUUAAAAAAUCCCUUCUAAACUUUCCCAAUAGGAAAAUUCACAGGGUUGAUUAUGCAGCAGGUCAAUAAAAGGAUAAAGCUAACAUGUUGAUCUCACAAUUUAUUGUAAAAUGUAUUUAUUUAAACAAUUUAUUUUUAAUGUAUCGAUGACCAGACUGACCAUUGUGCAUUACAAAAACAUUACAGUUUACAAAGCUGUGUUAAAUCUCUCUUUCUCAAGUAUAAUGCAAAAGAAUAGUGGGGCACAGACUUGCAAAACCUCCAAAGAUCAUAAGGACCAACUGAUGUGAAAUGUUUUCAUUUGUUUGAUGUACAUGUAACCCCCACAUAAGUGUUUUUCCAUACAUUCAAUAUUUUACGAAUAGAGAGAACCAGUUUUGUAUGUGUAGUGCUUCAUACUUAUCUGUAGAGGUCCUCUUAGCUUCAGGUUUUGAACUACUAUCAUUUUCCUUUGUGCUUAUUACUCUAAUUUGAGUUUGCACUGAUUUUUUUUUUUUUUAGUUAAAGGCAAUCAAGCAAUUCAGUGUUUAUUUAAUAUUGAAUUGUUAAAGACUGCCAGAAUAAAAUUGAAUGGUUUGAGUGUC